AAAAGAGAGAGAGAGAGAGAGGCAUGACUGGAGAGGCAGAAAGACGGCAAUGCAGCUGUAGCUGCUGGACUCCUUUUGUGGAGGACCCCUUGCCUGGUUUCUCUGGCCCAGCAGGGAUGCAACAGUGUCAGUAGUAAGUGAAAGAGGCAGAGAGGGUGGAAUUAGUUAGGGUUAGCUAGCCAAAAGUAUUAAUAUUGUUAAUAUGGGGUCAACCAGGGAAAAAAGAGUAAAAGUAGGUUAAGCAGACUUUUAACAGAGGAUGCCUUGUGAUCUUACCUGCUGUGCUAUAGCAAUACGAAUGAUGUGCAGAAAUGCCUCUGCUGCAGCCAGGCAUCCUAUCACAACUAGCGCCUCCGCGCCUUUCCUGUGGCUGAGGACAGUUAAGAAGGGAGAGAAAAAACUCCUCUGCCCCUCUGGAGAAGAGUCCUGCUCUCUCUGGCCUCUACCGUGAACCAACCCUUCUCGCAGGCCUCUGCCCGCCAGUCCUGCUGCUCGCGCCAGUGACAGAGCCCUCCAGCAGAGCCCUCCACGCCGCUGAAUGCCAUCCUCCACCUCCAUGGUAGAGCCUCGCGGCUGUCCAGAGCAGGCUGAGCCCGAAGACUUCCCGCCGUCGCAUCCGGGCCUUCGUGACUCGGGCAUCGCGACCUCGCCCACUGCGCUGCCCUUCAUCCCUCACCUGGCGCUGCAGACAUGUCCGCCGGCCAGCGGCGAUGCCAGCGCGUCUGCACCAGGCCAGCAGCAGCACCACCACCACCACCACGGCCAGCAGGGCCAGCAGGGCCAGCAGACGCCAUUGGCGCCGAUAGUUGACUCGAGCCCAGUGACGCCACGGACGCCGGUGCUGCUGCAGCUGCGUACUGACAUUCCAUCUGUCCACCAGCCGCCCCAGUAUCUCCAUCAACCCGUAUCUCAAGACCAGCAGCGUCACUCACAGCAGCAGCAGCAACCGCCGCCGCAGCAGCAGCACCUGCAGAGCCCGCAGGCCGCCGGGUUCGACCAGUAUCUCCAUCUGAGCCGGUCGACGGCCAGCUUGCCACGCAGAAUCCCCAGCAUCCGCCAUGCGCUGGCCGAAGUGCACUCGAGUGCCGGCUCUCUCUCGCCUGGCUCUGCCUUCUCAUCGCCCCAGCUCGCCGGGCUCAGCGAUCUCACUCCGCUGCCCUCGCCCAUACAGCUGUUGGCCUCGCCUCCAUGGGGAUCGACCAGCACCUUUUCGCUGUCCCGCGUCUCCUCAACAGCCUCCAGCCGCGAGCUGCAUCUCCCCCCGCCGUUGACAACUGCCCGUCCGAGACCGGUCCAGCCAGCAUCCGCCUCGACAUCUAGUGCUACGCCAGUCUCCCCAGAGACCGCUACCAACCCGUCUCAGCUCGCGGCCCCCAAGCGUGACCACAGACAUACCCGCAACCGCAGCCUGAGCGAGUAUGUCCCACCAGCUCUCCAGGUCCACCCUCCAACCCGCAAGGCCGCUGCGUCUGAGGCGGCCUCUAGGGCCCGGGACAGGGACGCAUCGAGGGAUGGACGACCCGGUCUGAAUAUACAGAGGGAGCAAUACUUGGCUGCCCAGCGUGGCAUAGCUGUCCUGCCACCGCCGCUUCCUACGCCCACGUCUGCACUGGAGCCGUCUGAUUUUGGUGUACUUGAUAGUGAAGUCUACGAAGUUCAGUCAAUUCGGUCCAAGCAGCCUCGCAGAUACCGCUGGCAAAGACUCCUGGGCCAGGGAGCCUUCAGCCAGGUUGUCCUGGCAGCCAGGGAGGAGGACGGAGCAGCUAAUCCCCAGACUCGCCGUCUCGUGGCCGUCAAGAUUGUUGAGUACGGACCGGCCGGAGGAGCGGACGAGGAGCGUGUCGAAGUCUCGCUCAAUCGGGAAGUUGAGAUUCUCAAAUCCAUCGAUCAUCCGUCCAUCGUCCAGCUGAAAGCCUUUGGAAGUGACCCGAAACGAGCCCUCCUGGUCCUCGACUACUGCCCUGGAGGUGACCUGUUUGAAUUCGCCAGCAUGCGGAUGAAGCGGAUUAAUCCUCCGCUGAUCGAGAGAAUCUUCUCCGAGCUCGUCGAUGCAGUCAGAUAUCUCCACAGAAAUCACAUUGUCCACCGUGAUAUCAAGUUGGAAAAUGCCCUGUUGAACAUGCCAUUUGCAAAAAUGCAGGAAAUUACCGACUGGCGGCUCUAUCCUCGUGCACUCAUAACGCUGACGGACCUGGGGCUCUCACGACGCAUCCCACAGCCCCCUGAGAGUCCUCUACUACGCACCCGCUGCGGUAGUGAAGACUACGCUGCCCCUGAAAUCCUAAUGGGCCAACCAUACGACGGCCGCUCAACUGACGCGUGGGCCCUUGGCGUUCUCCUCUAUGCCAUCAUGGAAAAUCGUCUACCAUUCGACCCUCUGCCUGGCACUAGGGGAGACCCAGCUAAACUUCGGGCUCGUACUCCACACCGUAUCGCCCGUUGUGAAUGGAGUUGGUACCGUUAUGCUGAUCCGGACGGGGACUGGGACCCAGUCAAAGGGAGAGACCUCGAGGGGCCCCGGCGCUGCGUCGAGGGUCUUUUGAAACGUGGAAGUAAACGUAUGCAUCUUGACGAAGUCGCUGAUAUGGAAUGGAUUAAGAAUGCUAUUGCGGCCGAUGUCCUGCCUCUGAGACGCGGUGACGCUGAAGUUCCUUGAACGAACGGACGGGCUUGAGAUGGGUAAAUAUUUUCUUUUACUUUCUUUUCACUUCGUUUCUUCUUCUUCUAACUACUUUGUACAACUGGUUUGAAACCUCCUUUCGCUUUAUUCUUUUAUUUCUCCUUUUCACUUCUUCUUUACCCCCUUUUUUCUUUACUUCUUUUACUUUACUUCGCUUCACUUUUCACUUCUUUUCUUCGGCAUGUUUUGAUAUGACGCUCGCUGUAUUUCUUAUACCUCUUUGCCCUUACUUUUACCUUUACCCCCUUUUCUUUCAACUUGCUCACUAUCAUGUUCUGCCCCUUUUGUCCAGAUAAUUACCACGAA